AUGUCACUAACUUAUUCUGUUUUUGCUUGUGGCGAUGCAGGGUUUGGUGGACAAAUCGACUUUUUAAGAGGUGCCGCCACUGCCCAAGAUGGCCAAGGAAAGGCAAUUUUGGCCAUGCACUCUAUGACAAAGAAGAAUGAAUCAAAAAUUGUCCCUUACAUAAAGCUUGGUGCAGGCGUUGUUGCAACACGGGCCAAUGUACAUUACAUCGUGACGGAACACGGCAUUGCCUAUCUUUUUGGGAAAAGCCUUAGGCAAAGAGCACAUGCUUUGAUUCAGAUUGCUCAUCCUAUGCACAGGUGA